UUUAUAAAUUGCCGCCAAUUUCAUUUUUCCGCGAAAGUAUCCCAACUUUAGAAUGGCGGGCUUUUGUAUGAGUCACAUUGUUGUUUUAGAAGGAAACAACAACGAUCUAGACGAGCAGACAAGCUCAAAUGGCUGUUAACAGCAGUAUGAAAUUUGGCAAAAUGCUAUACUAUGCUACUGGUUUGAUAUUCGGGUGUAUUAUGUUGUCGUCCGCAUGCAAACUAUCCAUUUCCGGUUAUAAAGGGAAACUGGUCAGUAAUGAAGUAUUAGAAAAGAAAAUCCUGAAAGUCGAGAGCAUGAUGAGGGAAACACUUGGAAAACAAGAAACGAUGCUCCACAAAAUUAUGGGAAAGGGACACAAAGAAAAGAAACUUCCACUUGAUAUGUGUUUGGAAGAUGUGUCCCUCAAGAAAUUGACAGGACAAAGUUCAACUCUUAAUCACCGUAGAUUUGAUUCACGCUAUGGUGUUGACGGCGAUCUCCAUUCAAUGGUUCAUACGAAUGCUGAAACAAAUCCAUAUUGGUGGGUAGACCUCGGAGCUGCCUACUCGGUACAUCAUGUUGAGAUUUGGAAUAGAAACACCGCCGGUCAUAGAUUCCGUCAAGCGGAUAUUAUGGUUGGUCCAACAUUAAGUAAUAUGAAGGUAUGCACUCAUUACAAAGGUCCGGCUAAAAGUGGAGAACACCUUACACUGAAGUGCAGUGAACCUACAAUUGGACGGAUAGUCAAGAUUACCUUGAAAGGCAAAGAAUACUUACAGUUUAUGGAAGUUAAAGUGUUUGCGUAUGGCAAGACUUGUUUGCAUAAACCUUCGCAUUCUCACUUGAAUAAAACUUCACAUUCACAUUUGAAUGGAACUACACAUUCACCAAAAUAAAACAUUUAUUAUCUGAUAUCAAGUAGUAUGACACUUUUCUUGGUGUUACCAUUAUCUUAUUAAAGAUUAAAUUUG